UUUCUUAAUAGAUUUUGCAAACAUAAAAUUUCAUCAACAAAAAAUGUCCGAAGAAGAGAUAAAAAAAUUGGAGAGCGAAGACGAAGAUUCAUGCGUAAUUGAAGAUACAGAUUUGGAAACAAAGUAUAAACUUUCCUCCAGACCUUCUUCGUAUGACUUAAAACAAUCGACGUGCUUAAGCGAUUAUGAUAAAUGUGAUAUUGAGUCCGGACGAAUUCGUAUUGCCCGGUUAAAAAAAAAUCUCGAGGGAUGGAAAAGCCAGGAUUCUUUGUUAAAACGACCUGACAGUCCGCAGUCUGUUCCAAACCUCGUGAUAAAAAAAUCAAGUAGCAUGAAUUCUGUGUUUUCAACCGGAGUACACAAAUCAAUGUUAUCGUUAACUUCACGCGAAGACUCCGGUCAAAAAGAUUUUAAUCCGGUCGUCGUGAAAGAUACCAUCUGUCUCUCAUAUAAUGAACAAAGAAAACAUUUAAAAAAGAAAAAGCUGUUUUGUUUUUCGGGGUGUGCUUCAACGUGUUCACUUGAUAGAUUUCGUGUUCUCGGAUGUGGCUUGUUUCUUGUUGGCGUACUACUGUGUGUUGGGUUUUGGAAUUAUUGUAUCAUAACAUCCUCGCUUAAUCAUGUUGAAGGGGUCAUUCCUACUUAUGUUUACGGAGCCGCGAUGAUUGUUAGUGGAAUUUGCACGAUAUUCGCAUCCAAAAGAACUAAGCCUUUGAUCAUUUUGAUUUUGAUUUUAUCCUUUGUCUGCACCGUAUUCUGCGUAUCCAGUUUUGUCUAUCUUGUGACAAGAGUCAACACUCGACUUGGACAGCUGGACGAUUGCAGUUUCGACGGGCGCGAUAACAUUUGUUCCUGCGUGAUUCAAAAAGGCGAUACGAAGAAAGUAUUUCAUUUCGCCGAAGUCAUGAACUGUCACACAGUGAAAGAGAGUUUACGAGAGUUGGUUUACGGCGUCAGCGCGCUGUUCGGUGUUGGUUUUGUGAUAUCAGUUCUCACUGCCAGUGCUGCGUGUUGCCUGCUGCACAAAGAAAAAAGAAAACGGAAAUAUCAAGUCGUGCAAAAUGCACCUGGUUCAAUCAAUUCUACCACACAAACGCAAGAAAGCUGUUUUACGUCAGGACUUCUUCAUUCGUUCGGUAGUUUGGAAUACCAUCAAAAAGCGAGGGAAGACACGACAAGUAAACGAACCGUGCACAGCGUCAAUAACUUUUCUGUGAGUACACAAACUCCAUUGUUUAUGAUGCCGGUUGCCGAAAUCGUCGACGCCAUGAGCACCACUGAUUAUCAACUUGAUCUAUUCCUCGAUGGGUGUGACGAGCCACCGCCCUCGUACAAUGACGCCAUUGCAAGCUUGCUAUCAUGACAAAUAAGUAUGAAACUUGUGGAAAACAAUGAAGUGAGGCUGUUACCAGGGCGCUUUCACAACAAAUGAAGGCAUCUCGCCAUCACAGGUGUUUUCAAAAAGUAUUGGUAACUAAUAUGGUGCCACAAACGAUCGUUUUUUUAAAGUUGUAUAUAACUUUUGUAUAUAAUAAACAGAACAAGAAA